AUGGUGAAAACCCGUAUUCUUUUAUCCACCAAGGACAGCAAUGUUCCCUCAACAAUCACCACUGUUGUAAAAUAUAUUUAUAAGAACGAGGGACCUCGAGGAUUCUACCAGGGCUUGUCUGCAGCAUUCAUGCGAGAAGCUGUGUAUGGUACAGCCCGCUUGGGAAUCUUUGAUACUCUUUCUGGCGCGCUUAAAAAGAGACAGAAUGUAGACGCAAUUCCACUCUGGCAAAAAGCACUCUGUGGAAUGACAGCCGGUGCUUUGGGAGGAAUUAUGGGAAAUCCAUUUGAUAUCGCUUUAGUACGUAUGCAGGCGGAUGGGGUAGCUCCCCCAGAAUUGAAGCGCGGGUACCACAAUGCGUUUCAGGCAGUGUUCAAGAUUGCGAAGGAAGAGGGAAUCCUUUGUCUUUGGAGAGGGGGUGUUCCUGUGAUCUGGAGAGCAGUGGGUAUGAACACAGGUUUACUUGCCUCCUAUGAUCAGGCAAAGGAAUUCUUGGUGAAGCGGUACCCCGAUAAGCCUGUUUUGUGUUCCUUUGGAGCGAGCGCACUUUCUGGAUUUAUUUGCUCAUUUACGGCCCUUCCUUUUGACCUGAUAAAAGUGCGUAUCAUGAAUAUGCGUAUCGAUCCAAUCACUGGCAAGUUCCCCUACAAGGGAUUUAUAGACUGCAUGUGCAAAGUCUAUAAGAAGGAAGGCAUUUUACGAUUCUGGAAAGGAUAUUGGGCAUUUUAUUCAAGAUCAGCGCCCCACGGCAUGAUCACGCUUAUGACCAAGGAGUUUUUCACGAGCUGCUAUAAUAGGAUUUUUAAUUGUAGCUAA